AUGUUGACCGCCCCAGUUCCGUCUCAUCAUGGUGGCAGUUUUUAUAAGGCAUUUCUAAGACAACUUGAAGGGAUCGAGACACGAGCAAAAGUCUGGGCAAGACAGCAUGUGCCCAAAAUAUUUUAUCAAAAUCGUCAUUGCAGGACCCUCUACCCUACCCUACGCCAUCGACGAGCAAGUAAAGAAUGCAAUUUUAGUGAUUAUGAAGGCUACAAAUUGACAAUCUCUCUUGAGGUGUUCUCAGGGGUGUUCAACAAACUCCACCGGCAAACCUUUCAGGCUCGGCAUGCCUUGUGUCAACUGAACCAGGGAAUGUUAUCGCUUUACUGGGGUCAAGACCGCUCCAGUGAUCGAUCCUACUACUCGGCCUUCUGGAAUGUGAACGACGAUGCUAGCCCGCAACAAUUCCCUGUAACCUUUAUUUUAGGAGAGUGGGAGUCCAUUGAUGCGCGUCAUGUGGAGGAGGCACAAUCAUCGUGA